UAUCUCUGCUUUGCCCAGCACCCGCUAUGCUUUGUCGGCCCCGCCCCCCUCCCCGAACGCUACGAGGUGGACCAGGACGAGAUCGAGGUAGAGCACGACCCCCGGUUGCUCGAGCGGCGAUUUGCGAAGUCCGUUGACGUCGUCGCGUGCCGCGCGGCGGGCCGGGCCAGCAAGAGCUCGCAUGCCGACGAAAAACACAAAGACAGCAGGAAGCGCGCCGACAGGGCGGGUGUGGGGGUAGAGGAAGAAAAUGGGCUGAGCGCCAAGAAGUCGCGGCGAAGCGGCGGGGCAAGGGCGUCGGCGACGGUGACAACCGAGGAGGAGGUUGUGGUGGUGGCGGAGGCCUCGGCAUCAUUGCCUUCAAUGCGGGAGGACCCCACCCCGGAGAUCACACUGCCACCGCAGCCACCGCAGCCACCGCAGCCACCGCAGCCACCGCAGCCGCCGCAGCCGCCGCCGCAGCCGCCGCCGCAGCUGAAACCUGAGGCAGAGGCGUCGGCCCAUGCCUCAGCCGUGCGUGUUUCUAAUGUGCCAAAGAGGAAUGGCGCCGCAAAUGACGCGCUGCUGCGCAGUCCGUCGGCCAGCGAGAGGGACGGUGUGCAGCAGAUGUGGUGGGAACGCAUAGCAAACAGCUCAGUGGCGCGUUUCUUCCUUCACAUUGAGCCCCGCACCAAAAGCACCGUGCAACGCCCCGUCUCCACUGUCCACCAGCCGCUCCGUGUGCUCGACCCCAACGACGUUCAGGAGUUUGUUGUUUUCCCGAACACCAGUUGCCGGACCUCCUGUGGGUUCGUUGGAUUCACGCCCUGCAGCAGCAUCCUCCGCGUACGCAUCGUUCCAACAACGCCGAAGGCGGGGCUGUGGUUUUCCGUAAUGUGCGAAGCGGAGUGCUGCACGCGACUUGACAUCUGGCAUUGCUCGGUGAUAGCGGGUCCUGACGCCGACACUGCUUCCUCCGGCCUCUGCCUCAGCGACGGCGCACUGCCGGCGCCCAUGUACAGCGUGCAUGUAGGGCGGCAUGUGGCGGCGUCUAUGGACUGGCUGCCCCUGCCGCUGGAUCGGCCGGAUAACAACACGCUCGGCCUCUGCACCUUUAUCAGGGGCAGGUACCUGGUCUCGACGGUGCUUCCACGCAGCGUGGUGGCUGAGGCCGUCGCCGCGGCGGGAGCGCGCAGUGCCAGUGGCAGGCAUAAUCUCCACUGCCCCAAUGUGGCCGCCGAGGUGUGCGGGGCGACGCUGCUGAAGCGUGAGAUAGAU